CGUACGCACACACACACACACACACGGACAAAACAUGGCGAACUAUCACAAGCCCGAGUUGAAAAUUAUCCAGGAGCUGCGAGAUAUCGCGAACAAAUUGAGGAUUCACGCGGUCGAGGCCACGCAGGCGAGCAAAUCGGGUUUCGAGUUACGAAAAACCCUGAAAAUAAUUGGAAACGAUAAUCAAGACGGAAGAAUACGUGACUACAUGUGGCACUGUUAAAGAGUAGUACAAAUGCAAGUAAAAAUUACAAUCAAAGUGGAAGCAUUUAUUCGAAUUGAAAGACAAUAUAUUUUGAGAUACCGAAGAGAAGAAAAACUGUUCGAUAUAGAACGCUCGCUCUUUGCGUUGAUAUGUUUCGAGACACCUUAUAUAUUUGCUCUAUAUAUCGUCGUCAUCGUCAUCACCAUCGUCACCGUCGUCACCGUCGUCGUCGUACUCGUCGUCGUUGUGACGAGUCGAAGAGGUAGGGAGAUAAUCGCGCGCAGCCGGCUCGUUUGCCGAAACUCGUCUCGCCGGCAGUCGCGAUCGAACGUUCAUUGUCGACGAUAGUCUCAGAGAACUUGGGUGUGUAAUUCAAUUCACGAUGGUUCGAGACACGAACAUGGAAAAACUCCAGGAUCUCGCAAAUAAGCUGCGUAUUGAGUGCGUGCAAGCGACUGAAGCAUCAAAGAGCGGGCAUCCGACAUCAUGUGCGUCCAUGGCCGAAAUUAUGUCCGUUCUUUUCUUCCAUACAAUGCGUUUCAAAGUAUCAGCACCACGUGAUGCGAACAGUGAUAGGUUUGUCCUCAGUAAAGGUCAUGCGGCUCCAAUCCUCUACGCAGCAUGGGCGGAAGCAGGCUUGUUUCCAACCAGCGAGCUACUGAAUUUGAGAAAAAUCGAUAGCGAUCUGGAAGGGCAUCCUACCCCGAGGCUCAAUUUCGUAGACGUAGGAACCGGUUCACUAGGACAAGGUCUCUCAGUUGCAGCUGGCAUGGCUUACGUCGGAAAGAAUUACGAUAAAGCCAGUUACCGUGUUUACUGUUUAAUUGGCGACGGAGAAGCUGCCGAAGGUUCCAUCUGGGAAGCUCUCCAUUUUUCGUCUUAUUACAAAUUAGACAAUCUUUGUGCUAUCUUUGACAUCAAUCGUCUUGGACAAAGCGAACCGACGUCGCUGCAACAUAAUAUGGAAGUUUAUCGCAAAAGAUUAGAGGCCUUCGGAUUUAAUGCCUUGGUUGUAGAUGGUCAUGACGUGGAAGAAUUGGCGAAGGCCUUCCAUGAAGCGCAAAAUACAAAAGGACGUCCCACUGCCAUUUUAGCUAAGACUUUUAAGGGCAAGAACUUCCCUGAAAUCGAAGAUUUGGAAAACUGGCAUGGCAAACCUUUGGGUAAUAAGGCGAAUGAAGUUAUUCAGCAUUUGAAAGGACUUUUGAAGAAUUCUGGACCUCUUGCCUUGCAUCCACAAAAGCCACUCAUAGAUGAUGCUCCUAUUGUAAAUAUUAAAAACGUCACAUUAGCUUCACCUCCAAAUUAUAAAAUAGGUGAACAAGUAGCUACUAGAUUGGCUUAUGGCACGGCUCUUGCAAAGUUGGCACAGAAUAAUCCUCGUGUCAUAGCUCUGGAUGGUGAUACAAAGAAUUCUACUUAUGCUGAUAAGAUAAAAGCGGUUGAUCCAGCCAGAUUUAUUGAAGGAUUCAUUGCUGAACAGAAUGUUGUGGGUGUCGCUAUCGGUGCCUCGUGCAGAGAUCGUACCAUCGCAUUUGUAUCCGCUUUUGCGACAUUCUUUACGCGUGCUUUUGAUCAGAUCCGUAUGGGUGCGAUAUCUCAGACGAAUGUAAACUUUGCUGGUUCGCAUUGCGGUGUAUCCAUUGGCGAAGACGGACCCUCGCAGAUGGGCUUAGAGGAUAUCGGAAUGUUUCGCGCGAUUCCAGGUUCUACCAUCUUUUACCCAAGCGACGCCGUAUCGACGGAGCGCGCCGUCGAACUGGCGGCCAACACCAAAGGCAUCUGCUUCAUUCGUACUUCUCGUCCAGCUACGGCAAUUUUAUACAAGAAUGACGAACCGUUGGCCAUCGGUAAAGCCAAAGUGGUCAGAUCUUCCGCUAAGGAUAAGGUGCUUGUGAUCGGCGCCGGUGUAACAUUGCACGAGGCACUCAAGGCGGCCGACGAAUUAGCCAAAGUUGGGCUCAAUAUUCGUGUAAUGGAUCCGUUCACUAUCAAACCCAUCGACGCACAAGCUAUCAUAAAGAACGCCAAAGAAGUCGGCGGUAGGAUCAUUACCGUUGAAGAUCAUUACGCACAAGGAGGUUUGGGAGAGGCCGUUCAAUCCGCGGUGGCUAUGGAAAGAGACAUAAUAGUAAAGAAAUUGGCAGUGUCGGAGGUACCACGUUCCGGCCCGCCAAUGGUAUUGCUUGAGAAGUACGGUAUCAGUGCUCAUAAUAUUAGCGUGGCCGUGGAGGAAAUUAUGAAAUAUUAGUCUCGAAGCUACAGAUUGCUGGUUAGAUCGACGGGAAACUGUUUAUGUACAAACAAUAUUCUAUUUUUUUAAAGCACAAAUUUUGAUGGAGUACACACGACGAAACAUUCCAUCUUUGAAAUAUCAAACACGAUUGAAGGGUAAUGACUGAAACUGGUGUAAUUUCGAUGGAAUUAAAUUUCUGAUGCUGCAGAUCAGAAGUGAUCCGCAGCAUCAAAAUCUGAUUCUAGCGGAAGUAAAUUUCAAUCCCUACUCCGAAAGGCCUAAUGUACAUUGAGUGUACAUGUAAUCAGCAAAAGCAUUUAUUUUUAAGCAAUAGAAAUAUAUGGUCUGUUAACCGAGAGAAAAAUCUUUAUAUACAUAUACAAUUUAUAUAAAAAAUUAAAUUUGUAAACAACGAACAUGUUUGUACAACAUUUUUCAAUAUAAGGAAAUUUAUUCCUUAAUAAAAUUCCAUUUUUGAUGUUUCAUA